CCACAUAUUCCUAUAGUAAUAUAUUGCAACUCCAUUCUCUUCAAACCCCACACGCAUAAGAAAAAGGGAAAAUGAAGGAACAUAUACAUACACAUAUACAUACAUACAUUACAUACACACUCGAUUUAACUAUUUGAUAUUUGUUAUUAGUCAACGCCCUCAGCCCACCAAAUACCAAUAGAGCAUCGAAUGCUAAACAAAAACUAAAAUUUAAUCUCAACCUUCCCACCCCCCUUCAAAAGUCAACUCUCUCUCUCUCUCUCUCUCUCUUUCUCUCUCUGCAUUUAUCUUCUCCUCAUCUGUCCUCUUCUCUCUUCUCCAUCUCCAAUAUCAAAUCAUAAAUUUCAAUCCCAACCAAUUUUCAACCUCUCUCUCUCUCUCUCCAUCUCCCCUGGAGCAAACAAAAAAGAGAAAAGGGAAAAAAAAUUGAGUCUUUGCUUUGGAUUUCUGGGGAGAAAAAAUGGGAAACGGAAUCGGAAAGCUGAGUAUAUGCUUCGCCGGAGACGCCGGAGAGAUUUCCAGGCGAAGAAACGACGUCGCAGUGUGCUCAUCUGACCCUCUAGACGAGGGAUUGGGCCACUCCUUCUGCUACAUACCGCAAGACCCACUCCACAAAACCCAAUCCCUCGACGAUUCCUCCGCCGCCGUCGCCGCCCCACAGAAUCCGGCCCCGUUCCGGACCAUCUCCGGCGCCUCCAUCUCCGCCAACAACUUCACCCCUCUCUCAACAAACCCCUUUCCGUACAACACCUCCGCCCCACUCGAUAAGGCUUCCGCUUUCGAAAGCUCGAAUUUUUUCUCCUCAAUCCCACUCCAACCAAUCCCAAGAAACUCUUUCUCCACAGUGAAAUCCGGCCCGAUCCUCAGAAGUUCGGUUCCAGGAUCCGGCCCGAUAGAGCGCGGGUUCCUAUCCGGCCCGAUCGAACGUAGCUUCAUUUCGGGCCCGUUGGAGAACCAGUUCGAUCAUUUGCAGAGGUACAGGCCUAAAUCCAAGAAACGCGCUCUAAUCAAGAAUUUGAAAAGGGUGAUGUCGAAAUCUUUCUGGGGUUUUUCGAAAGAGUCGAGGAGUAUCGAGAACGAGCAGCAAAACAACGUCGUUUUGGCUAGUGUGAGCAACAGUGGCAAUAGCAGCACAAUUACCAGCAACACUUUGAGCAGUGAUAUGAGCUUAAUCGACGAGAACGACGACGUAGGCAACGAAUCUUUCGGUAGUCAAAACGUGCAGUGGGCACAGGGGAAAGCAGGCGAAGAUCGAGUCCACGUAGUGAUAUCCGAAGAACACGGAUGGGUUUUCGUCGGGAUUUACGACGGAUUCAACGGUCCCGAUGCAACCGAUUUUCUCUUGAACAAUCUUUACUCGAAUGUCUACAAAGAGCUCAAAGGGUUGUUGUGGUGCGAAAAGAGCGAAUCUUGCGAGAACACGGUUAACAGCUCGUCGUUUAUGUCCAAGAGUUUGGAUUGUAAAGAAAGGGUCGAAUUGGACAGGAAAUUGAGGGAGAAAUUGAGCAACAUGGAUUGUAAUAACAAUACUACGACUGCGACGGUCAAUCACUUGGGAGUAUUGAAAGCGUUAUCCGAAGCGUUGAGAAAAACGGAAGCUUCGUAUUUGGAGAUCGCUGAUAUGAUGUUAAUGGAGAAUCCCGAGCUCGCAUUGAUGGGAUCUUGUGUAUUGGGUAUGGUGAUGAAGGGGGAUGAUGUUUAUUUAAUGAACGUCGGUGAUAGUCGCGCAGUUUUGGCUCAUAAUAAAUCGGAUAACGAUUCGCAGUUUGGGAAGAUGAAGAACGAUGACGAAGAAUUGCUGUACGGUUAUGAAUACGAAAACGUUCAUCAUUUGAGUUCUUGCCAGCUCACUAUGGAUCAUAGUACAUCUGUUAAAGAGGAAGUAAGAAGGAUUAAAAAUGCGCAUUUAGACGAUGCUGCUGCGGUGAUCAACGAUAGGGUUAAGGGUUCGUUGAAAGUGACGAGGGCUUUCGGUGCCGGUUAUCUCAAACAGCCGAAAUGGAACAAUGCGCUUUUGGAGGUGUUCAGAAUCGAUUACGUCGGAAACUCGCCGUAUAUUACGUGUUCGCCAUCACUUUGCCACCACAAAUUAGACCCAAACGACAAAUUCUUGAUACUGUCUUCAGAUGGGCUGUAUCAGUACUUCACAAAUCAAGAAGCUGUUUCGGAAGUUGAAGUAUUCAUCUCGACUUUCCCCGAAGGAGAUCCAGCUCAGCAUCUCGUCGAAGAAGUUCUUUUCCGCGCCGCCAAAAAAGCCGGUAUGGAUUUUCAUGAACUGCUAGACAUCCCACAAGGGGACCGAAGGAGGUACCAUGACGAUGUCUCGAUUAUCAUUAUUUCUUUCGAAGGAAGGAUAUGGCGUUCUUCCGUGUAAUAACUAUUAGCUUUUUAGGAAGAGAUCAAUCGAAAUAUAGGCGAAAAUACACACAAAGUUUUUAUUUAUUUAUUAUUAUUACUAUUAUUAUACUUGUAGAAUGAAAAAAAACUAGAUUAAGUUUUUAAAGAGUCAUGGCGUAUGAUAGCAAACUGUGUGUGAUAUUAUUACCAGUUGUCGAGGAUUGUAAAUACCGAUAAACCCCGCUCAAUCAAGUUCUUCUUGCAUGCCCUUCCUGGGAAUUUUGUAUCUUCCGAUGAAUUUUAAAUAUACAGACCAGCCGGUCGAAUUCUUUCGUU